GUUUUAAGCUAUUGGAGAGAGAACCAGUUUAGAUUUGGUGAUUUAGCUACUAUGGCACGUGAUAUUUUUAGUAUCCCAAUUACCACGGUUGCUUCAGAAUCAGCGUUUAGCAUUGGUGGUCGAGUGUUAACUCCCUACAGAAACCGUUUGCUUCCCAAGAAUGUUCAAGCUUUGCUUUGUACCCGCAACUGGCUGCGUGGGUUUGCAGAAUAUGAAGGUACUACAGAAGAUGUUGAUGAUAUGUGCAAGGAAGAUGAUGUUGGAAAGACUACAAGUGCUUAUGGAGUUGGAAGUUCAAGAUCAGAAGGCUCAAGUGUACCACCAUGAAACAUGUUUGAGACUUUCUUUUAUUAUGUUUGGAAACAUAACGAGAACAAAAUUAUUGAACUUGUUUAAGUUAUUAAAUUUGUUAUUGUAAUGCCACUUUGAGAUUCUAGUUAUUUGAUUAUAUAUUUGCUGGCAUCAGUCGUAUGUAGCAACUAGCAAGUAAGCAUUGGUUUUAAUAUGUUCCCACAUUUGAGUUCAAUUAAUACCAAAGGUUUCAAACAUUGCUUUUACAAUUGAAGAUUUUUUAUUAUUAUACAGGUUUUCAAAUUGUUUUUAUCAUUUUAUUUUAUUUAAAUUAAAUUAAGUAGUAACCAUUAAAAAUUACAAUAUUAUCUAAGAAUAUAAAUUUUUGUACCAUAAAAAAUUUGAUUUACAAUAUAAUUAAAACAAGAAAUGUAUGAAACAAAUUAAAAAAGAGUUAAAUGGGUCUAAAUGGGUCUUAAUGGGUCAAAGUAAAAUUUGUGGGUUUAAAUGGGGAGCCCUAAUAGACCUUAAAACUAAAUGGGUCUAAACGGGUUUGGGUUCUAAAUGGGGUGGGUUAUAAAUGGGGUGGGUCUAAAUGGGGUGGGUUUACCCAUUUUAACAUUCCUAAUGGGAACGAACCUUCUGGGUUUUUGCAACAGUUGAAGCAAAGAGGGCACAAACCUUCUCCUGUCACAUGUGGCCUCGUCAUGGAGGUUCAAUCUUUCUUCUUCUCAUAACACAAUUAAUGUUGCAUGUUCGGUAGUGGAUUCAUAUUUGUGUCUUAAGCAGGUGCUGCUUGCAUGUGAGAAAUACGAAUUAUUUAGUUCAUGAAUUCUUCAUGAAGAUACAGAAAUCUUCUAUCCCUAGAGGUUUUUGUGAACUCUUUGACCUUUUCAUUUACGUUAUUAGUUUUUGACUGUUGGAAUUCAUGAGUUUUUUCGUGUCAAGAGAGUAUUCAGUUAACUUGUAACUGAAUCCCCUUCAACCACACAACAGGAAUUCAUCAUUCAAGAUAAGAGACAACCAACUUGUGAUUGAAUCUUCACACAAAGCAUAAAUAUAACCAAGAAUCUUAGAUAUUACACUGAUUAUAUAAGGCAGAGAAUCUCUAGUUUAAAUCUAAUCUUUGAGAAGUAACACAACACUUUAGAGUUUGUGCACUUAAGAUGAAUGGAAUUUAGAAUCAGUAAGCUAGAGUUUAAGAAGAGAUAAAGAAGACUUUGUUGAGUUUUACAAGUAUUAGGCUGCCUAAAGAGAAAGAGAGUUAAGGCAGCCUAUAAACCAUAACUCUAAACUCCUUACAUUGUGAAUAUUGUUUAGACACAAGCAAGAGAGAGAGAGAGCCAGGAAAUUAGUCUGAGGGAACUUGUAUUGAUACUUGAUUAAUCUGUUACAAGUGAUGGAAAAACUUUUAAAUAGGCAAUACACAUGAUUAAGCAAUUAAUAAGCAAGGUAAACAUAAACAAAUAAUUCUGUAGGGAAUGAAAUGAGGCCAAAGGAGAAUAUGGACAAGGGAAGGCAGGACCAGAUGAGGAAAAAGAGACAUGAGAGAGGUUGGCACAACCUGUUUGAGUGAAAGUGACAAGUCCAGCUGCUUCUCCAAAGCAACACAUGUGACUUCUUCUUGUCUAAUUCAAACCAAAUCAUUUCUUUUGAAUUCAAACUGGUUACCUUGACUUCUUAGAGGUUCCCAACGUCUAUAUUAGUCUUCAAACCUUAUUCCUUGCCUCAGUUUUCCUGUUCAUGAUUUUCUGUCCAUGAUUUCAUGUCUAUGAUCUCCUGUCCAUGAUCAAUCAGGUUCUUCAUGUCUUUACUCUUGCUUUUUAUUUCUUCAUGUCAACACUCCCCCUCAAGCUUGACCAUAGGAUAUCUUUGGGCAAGCUUGGAACUGAGAGUACUUGCCUCAUUAAAAACCUAAGUGUGAAAAACCUCAUGGGAUAAAACCAUCGCUUAGGGAAAAAGAGUGCAACCACCCUCAGCCUAGAGAUUGGCCAGUGGGUUUAUGAGUCCUAUGAUCAAGUUUAGGACUCAUAAACCAUGGUUCAUAGCCUUACUUCAAUGGCAAGGAGGCACCAAUGCAUUCCUUGCUUCACAUUCAAAACUGCUUGGAAGUCUCAAUGUGGCUGGUUCUUUGUCUCCCCCCUUUCUUCUGACAUCAUGCCAUCAUCAAAGGGUUUGAUCCACAACCAGACUGUUAUCAUAAGCUCCAAGUACCUUAUUCAAACAAUGCACACACACAUGCAUCAAUUCUCAAGGGGCAAACCUAUUCACACAAGAAUAAACUCCAAGAUUGACUUAUCUCUCUGUAACAACCUACUUCGCCGUCGAUUUGAUUCUCCGAUGGCCACCUCAAGCCAUCUCCUCCUCAUCUUCCUCAUCACCACCGUCUCAUUUCUCACUCCCGCCGCUUUCCCUCCGUCAAUCACGCCGCAAGAUCAGCAACACGCAGACAGAAUCAUCCAAGCCAUGAUCGGAGCCGGCGAAUUCCGCGACUGGGCCGCCGAUUUCCUCUCCGCCGUCGACGACCAAUUCGGAAUCCCUCUCUCCGCCACUAUCUUCAUCCCCAGCGACUUUGACGCCGCCGGCAUCACCUCCUCUAGCGGCGGCGGCGCAACCAACCCCGGUCGUCUCUCCGUCGCUUACCACAUCGUUCCUCAGCGUCUCUCCUUCGCCGACCUCCGCAUCUUGCAACCUCUCUCUCGCCUCCCGACUCUCCUCCCCGGAAACUCGAUCGUCAUCACCAACAACUCCGUUUCCGAUUUCACAGUCGACGGCGUUCUCGUCUCCGAGCCGGAUCUUUUCCUCUCUUCUUCGAUUGCGAUUCACGGUGUCGCUUCGCCGCUUGACUUCUCUCGUUACGGAGACUUUGAAAACGGUGGUGAUACUGCUUUAGCCGAUAGUCUCCGUCCUUUGUCUCAAAAUCGUCGUCGCCGCCGUCCUGAGUUCAACAAGAAUCGAACCUCUGCUUCAGUCUCCAUCGCACAUCUCUCCACAUGUUCGUUCUUGCUCCCGUUGGCUCUCGCUCUGUUCUGACUCUGCAUUUUCACUUUUAGUCCUUGAAGUUUUCCAAUUUUCAAGAUUCUGUACAUAAUUCUUCUAUUAGUGCAAGUUUUGUUCUUUCAAAGAUGUGUAACUCGAUCUUGUGAAUUCAAUUAAUGGCGGCAGCAUUUGAGAUUCAUGUUUUGUUAUAUUCUAUGAAGAAUUUUUGUAUUGUUAUUAUAAUAUCGCAAUAGCGAAAGAAUCGAACUUUAUUAUUCCUAGUUUACACUUGUAACACUAAGGUUAGGUUAUUUCUUCACUGAAGAAGAACGAACAAAAGAUUCC